AUGUUGCUCUCCACCACCGUGGCGCGUCCCCUGCAGCUGCUCACCCGGUUCAUGCAAUGGGCCAGCGCAGUCAUCGUGAUGGGCAUCACCUCCUACUUCAUCCACCGGGGUCCGCGCGGGCAGCACAUCAUCUACGAUGAAGUUAUUUCCACCAUCUCAGUCGUCUUCUUCCUCCCGGCCUUCGUCUCGCCGUUCAUGCCCCACGCCCUGAGCAAGUUCGUCCUCGCAAUCGACGUGAUCUUCUCCUACCUAUGGCUCACCUCCUUCAUCUUCGCCGCCCAAGACUACAACUGGCACAACUGCGGCGCCAACGCGCCCCCGGGCGCCUCCUGCGCCCUAAAGAAAGCCAACGAGGCCUUCAUCUUCCUCACCUUUAUCUUCACCUUCUUCGCCAUCUUCCUCGAAGUCGGCGCCCUCUGGGCCUACCGCCGCGAGAACGCCGCCCCCGUCCGCGAGAAGAACACGGGCGGCGCCCACGGCGGGCCGGCCGAUGCGCCGCUGGCGGCGUCGGCCUAGGGCCUUCCUCCCUUCCCACUUUACUGGGGUUGAAUGUUGAAUGAAUGGACUUGGACAGCGCCGGAUUUGACACGAAUUGAAUUGAACUAAACUUGGACAGGACAGGACAGGACAGGAAUGUGCUUGCUGGUCUUGAAUGCUCUCAUCAACCGGGUUAGUCGGGUCCCUGGUGUAUGCUGCGGACCGAACUGUGCGGAUGAUGAUGUGUU